UUUGCAGAAAUAGACAAUGUGGGGCAAGGUCACAUCCAGCUGGCGCAAACCCUUCGGGAGGAGGCAAAGAAAAUGGAGGAAUUUAGGGAAAAGCAAAAACUGCAUCGGAAAAAGAUAGAGCUGAUCAUGGAGGCGAUUCACAAGAACAGGAAUUUGCAGUACAAGAAGACCAUGGAGGCCAAGCGUCUCUACGAGCAGCGCUGCAGGGAUAAGGAUGAGGCAGAGCAGGCCGUGCACCGCAACGCAAACCUGGUGACGCAGAAGCAACAAGAGAAGCUGUUCCUGAAGCUGGCCCAGACGAAAUCGGCUCUGGAGGACUCUGACAGGAGUUACCAGCAGAACGUUAACACACUGGAGAAGAUCCGGGAAGAAUGGCAGAAAGAGCACAUCAAAGCUUGUGAGUUCUUUGAGACUCAGGAGUGUGAGCGGAUCAACUACUUCCGCAACGCCCUCUGGCUUCACGUCAACCAGCUCUCCCAGGACUGCGUCCAGAAUGAUGAGAAAUACGAGGAAAUCCGCAAGAGUUUAGAAAUGUGCAGCAUUGAGAAGGAUAUUGACUUUUUCGUAAAUUUACGCAAAACUGGAAGUUUGGCCCCAGCUCCUGUUCUUUAUGAAAACUACUACAAUGCACAGAGAAAUCCAACUCCUGUGAGAAGUCCGGUUCCUGUGCCCAUAUCAAGGAGGGGACCUCUGCCCACUCCAACCACCACGCCAGAUGAGCCUGAUUACGCCACAGUUAACACCUACAGCUUGAUACAUCACUAA